GGGCAGGAGUAUUUAGUAUUUGACUGGUGACAGAGUUUAUACUACUGUAAGUGUGACUAAUAAUUACUAUUAGAUUGAUUAUUUAUUAGUAGAAAAUACGGAGCAGCGGUGUGUCCCCCCAUUCACAGGAGAAACUCUGCAACCUGGCACCAUUGCAUGCUCCUCCUUUCCUCUUUCCUCCUUCCCCAUGGCUGCCACCUCCUUGCUUUCCAUUCUCUCCGUUUAAUUCCCAUUUCAGAUCUCUUUUUUUCCAUCUCUCCCAAAACCCUUCAGAUUUCUCAAACUUUAGCUAAAGAUUCAUUCUUUAAGUAGGAGCAAGUUAAAAAGGGGGGAGAAAAUAAAGGAUAAUUGUAAAUUUCUUGUCUUCUCUGCACUCUUGCUCUUUAGCAAAAAAUAAAAAUAAAAAUAAAAAUAAAAAUUCAGGACUCUGGGAAAAAAAGGGAUAAACUUCAAACACUCCUACCAUGCUAAUCACCUGCUGAUUCACUCUUUCAGUACAACUCUUUCUCCUGCACUUCUUUUAUUCCCCCGACACUUCUAACUCGAUAAGUACCCAUUUCCCAGCACCCUCUUUAUCCAGUGUGAACAUUCAGCCUUCUGGGGGUGGGGGGUUUUGGGAAGUUCUAGGAAGAAGGAAAUGAAAGGGUCUCACAAGGAUUCGGGGAAAUUCAUGUGGGAUCAAAUGAGAAUCCCAUCUAUUGGGUCGGUGGCGUCUCAAAAUCGAGUCUUGCCGAAACUUAUGUUCUGGAUAUCCCUCUUCGUCACUGCUACUUAUGCGAUUUACACCCUCAAGCUCUUGAACACUUCCCAAUCUUGCGAUUAUGAUUUCACCAAUAUGGCCAUUCACUCCAAUGUUAACAUCUCCAAGGUUGUCCUCAACACUUACCACAAUAGUAACGAAGAAAGAAAUGCUUCGUUGCCGGCCAAAACAGAGGAAGAGAAAACGGGAUUGCAGCACAUAGUUUUCGGCAUUGCUGCCUCGGCUAAGUUGUGGGAUAAGCGGAAAAAUUACAUUAAGUUAUGGUGGAAGGAAGACACGAUGAGGGGGAUUGUUUGGCUGGAUAACCGAGUUAAAACAGCUUCAGAUGAUAGUCUCCCUGAGUUGAGGAUUUCCGGCGACACCUCAAAGUUCCGGUACAGCAACCGGCAGGGCCACCGGUCGGCGAUUCGGAUCUCCAGGAUUAUAUCGGAGACUCUGAGGCUGGGGAUGACCAAUGUCAGAUGGUUCGUGAUGGGAGACGACGACACCGUUUUUGUGACUGAGAAUUUAGUGAGGGUUUUGAAUAAGUAUGAUCACAAUCAGUAUUAUUAUAUUGGGAGCGUGAGUGAAUCCCAUUUGCAGAAUAUUUACUUCUCUUACAAUAUGGCUUAUGGAGGCGGUGGUUUUGCAAUUAGCUACCCCUUGGCGGUGGCUCUGGAGAAGAUGCAGGAUCGGUGCAUUCAGAGGUAUCCUGGAUUGUAUGGUUCCGAUGAUAGAAUGCAGGCUUGUAUGGCUGAACUCGGUGUCCCACUCACCAAAGAACCCGGCUUUCACCAGUAUGAUGUGUAUGGAAACUUAUUUGGUUUGCUGGCUGCGCAUCCGGUAGCACCUUUUGUGACAUUGCACCAUCUUGAUGUGGUGGAGCCAAUCUUCCCUAAUGUAACUCGAGUUCAAGCACUUCAGCGACUUUUAGAGCCUAUGAAGCUCGAUUCAGCCGGUCUCAUGCAACAAUCCAUUUGCUAUGAUGUUCCUCGAGGUUGGACCAUCUCAGUGUCGUGGGGGUAUGCCAUUCAAAUUUUCCGUGGCAUCUUAUCACCACGAGAGGUAGAAAUGCCAUCAAGGACUUUCUUGAAUUGGUAUAGGAGAGCAGAUUAUACAGCAUACGCUUUCAACACGAGGCCUGUCAUGCGGAAUGCAUGUCAAAAGCCCUUUGUCUUCCACCUGUCAAAGGCAAGAAUGGAUUCUUCGGGGAACACUACGGUGACUGAGUAUGUAAAGAAUAAUGUUGCUCAUCCAUUUUGCAAAUGGAAGAUGGCAGAUCCAGCUCAAAUGGUCAAAGUAGAAGUUCACAAGAAGCCUGAUUCACAGCUCUGGGACAGGGUAAACGCCUACUCUUUGAAACUCUUGAGCUGCUUACUGUUGUUGCUUUGUCUGAACCUGAAACCAUGCACCACAUAACCUAAAUUUUGGUUCUCUAACAAAUUGAAUUGCUAAAACAAAACUGAAACUGCUUAUACAUUCUUUUCUACUUGAUUUCAACUAUUUAUGGCUCAUAUUUUGGCAUGACUGCUUAUCAUAUGUUACUUGGUACCCUUGUUGAACUAUAGCUUAGACUUCUCAUUUUGCCUCCUAUAUUUGGCUGCAUUCUUGCUUUAUCCCCGUUGCACUAACAUUUGGAUUGGUUUGCAUUCUGGCAGUCGCCAAGGAGAAACUGUUGCCGGGUAAAGGACUCGAAGAAGGGAAGUAUGGUGAUAGAUGUAGGUCUGUGUAGAGUAGGGGAAAUAAGCGAGAUGAGAAGAUCACCAUCACACGGAGAAUAAGAAGGUGCUAUCAAUUUUCCGGCAUUCAUUUUGAUUCCCCAGUGAUAUCUCUUUGUAUCAUCACCAUGUUGAUGAGCAUUUAUUUAUUAGUUCUAUCUCUUAAUUAUUUAUCAUAAAUCAGGCCUUUUCAACCCUCCAAUUAGAGCCAAAUUAGGUAGACGGAGGGAUCUGUGUAAAGAACAUUUUUAGGACUUAGGAGUAUGCAGAUUACGGAAGAACCACGUUUGAAGCAGAGUAGUUUAAUUCUGGUUUUCACUUAGAAAGAGGUCAAAUGUUCCUUUCAAGGUUGAAGGGUGAUUUGUUUUUGGAGUUUGCACUUCAAAUGCCUUUUUAUUUGAAGAUGCCCGAGAAGUGCUGGGAUUAGUCUUACGGAAUUAUAUAAUGUUAUUUUCUCCAAUUCUAUUUCUUUUAGUCUUUAUUAUAAAAUAUUUUGAUUUGUCCUAGA